AGAGACACAGAAAAAGAGACAGGAUCCCAGCAGGGUCUUGAUGUCAUCAUCUACCGUUAGCUUCAGCCACAUGCCUUUAGAAGAUGGUGAAUUAGAAGAUGGUGAAAUAGAUGAUGCAGGAUUUGAAGAGACCCAAGAACAGGAAACAAAGGAGGAUGAAAAGCAGAAAAAUGAGAAAGCCUAUAGAAAAUCAAGAAAAAAGCACAAGAAGGAAAGAGAAAAGAAAAAAUCCAAAAGGAGAAAACGUGAGAAACAUAAGCAUAAUUCUCCAUCUAGCGAUGAUAGUUCAGACUACAGCCUUGAUUCAGAUGUCGAACAUACAGAAAGUUCCCAUAAAAAAAGAACUGGUUUCUACAGGGAUUAUGACAUUCCAUUUCCUCAGCAUGGACAUAUAUCAGGAAGCUAUGUGACAUCAAAGAAGGGUCAACAUAACAAAAAAUAUAAAAGUAAAGAAUAUGAUGACUACAGUACCUACAGUGAUGACAACUUUGGUAACUACAGUGAUGACAACUUUGGUAACUAUGGUCAGGAAACAGAGGAAGAUUUUGCCAGUCAGCUGAAGCAAUACAGACGCGUUAAGGAAACCUCAACUACUGCUUUAGGGUCAUCGUUUUCUAAAGAACCAGGAAAAAAACAGAGAAUGAAAGGAGUUCAGCAAGGUAUUGAGCAGAGGGUUAAAAGUUAUAACGUUGGUCGUGGACGUUGUUUGCCGAAGAAAAUCAAACGAAAAGACCGUGGAGGACGAACUAGUAAGGGGCCCAAUGUUUAUUCUGGAUCAGAUGACUUUCAUGAGUAUAGUAAACCAGCAAAAAAAUGGAAGGUUAUGACUCAGGAAUUUAUUAAUCAGCACACAGUGGAACACAAAGGAAAACAAAUCUGUAAAUAUUUCCUGGAAGGGAGAUGUAUAAAGGGCGAUCAGUGUAAAUUUGACCAUGAUGCAGAGUUGGAGAAGAGAAAAGAGAUCUGCAAAUUUUAUUUACAAGGGUAUUGUACCAAAGGAGAGAACUGCAUUUAUAUGCAUAAUGAAUUUCCAUGUAAGUUUUAUCAUAGUGGAGCAAAAUGUUACCAAGGGGACAACUGUAAAUUUUCCCAUGAUGAUUUGACUAAAGAAACAAAGAAACUUUUGGACAAAGUGUUGAAUGCUGAUGAAGAACUUAUAAAUGAAGAUGAAAGAGAAUUGGAAGAACUUAGAAAGCGUGGCAUAACACCUCUUCCCAAACCACCUCCAGGAGUUGGGCUCCUGCCAACUCCACCAGAGCAUUUUCCGUUUUCUGAUCCUGAAGAUGAUUUUCAGACAGAUCUCUCUGAUGACUUCAAGAAAAUUCCAUCUCUUUUUGAAAUAGUUGUAAAACCUACUGUGGAUUUAGCACAUAAAAUUGGGAAAAAGCCACCAGCAUUUUAUAACAGUGCCUCACCACCAGGACCACAGUUUCAGGGAAGCAGCCCACACCCUCAGCAUAUCUACAGUUCUGGGUCAAGUCCAGGUCCUGGACCUAAUAUGUCUCAGGAAUGCAAUAGUCCUGUGAUGCACCCAGGCUCCCCUGGACAUUACUCAUGUCCAGGACCUCCUGGUUUACCAAUGCCACAGAGCCCACCUUUGCCACCUGGCCCACCUGAAAUUGUAGGCCCUCACAAUCAAGCUGGAGUACUUAUUCAACCGGAUACACCUUUGACACCACCGAGUAUGGGUGGGGCUUACCACUCCCCAGGCUUUCCAGGACAUGUGAUGAAAGUGCCCAGAGAGAAUCACUGUUCUCCCAGUUCAUCAUACCAGCAAAAUCCUGGUGAAGUGCAGCUCAGUACCAGUUAUGAAUCUCUUCAAAACUCAGCUGAGUUUUAUGAUAAUUACUAUUCACAGCAUGCUGCACAUAAUUUUCAGCCACCCAGUAACUCCGGUGAUGGGAUGUGGCAUGGGGAAUUUGCCCAGCAGCAGCCUCCUGUUGUUCAAGAGUUGCCUAACCAUGGAAGUGGGUCUGACAGCAGCAGUAACAGAACUGGCCAUGGCCCUCUACCUGCACCAGGGCUCCUUCCUGCAGUGCAGAGAGCUCUGUUUGUCAGACUUACUCAGAGAUACCAAGAAGAUGAAGAACCAGCCAGCUUCCUUUUGGCCAGAACCGCCAUCUUCCAAGUUUCUGUUAUGCAUUUUCUUAAAGUUAGACUAUACUUAUUUCAGAAAUGGUUUUUAAUCUUAAGGCCCAAUAUGAAUGCUUUAUUUUUUACAAUAAGUUUUUGUCUGCAUUUAGAUGACACAGUUAACUGGUAUUCCAGUAGUGAAGAGGAAGAAGGAAACAGUGUAAGGUCAAUACUGAAAACAUUACAGAAACAAACUGAAACUUUAAGGAAUCAGCAACAACCUUCCACAGAACUCAGCACUCCUACUGAUCCAAGACUUGCUAAAGAAAAAAGUAAAGGAAACCAAGUGGUUGACCCUAGGCUUAGGACUGUCCCAAGACAAGACAUUAGAAAGCCUUCUGAAUCUGCCCCACUGGAUCUUAGACUCUCAUGGGAUCCCAGGAAAUUAAGAGGGAAUGGAAGUGGUCACGUGGGCUCUUCUGUUGGUGGAGCAAAGUUUGAUUUACAUCAUACAAAUGCUGGCACUAAUGUCAAACACAAAAGAGGAGAUGAGGAUGAUGAAGACACAGAAAGAGAACUGAGAGAAAAAGCUUUCAUAAUACCUUUGGAUUCUUCACCUGGUAUAAUGCUCCAGGAUCCAAGGUCACAAUUGAGACAGUUCAGUCACAUUAAAAUGGACAUCAUCCUAACCAAACCCAACUUUGCAAAACACAUUGUAUGGGCUCCAGAAGACUUACUUCCAGUACCUUUACCUAAACCUGAUCCAGUAUCUUCAAUCAAUUUACCUCUGCCCCCUCUUAUAGCUGACCAGAGGCUCAGUAGAUUAUGGAAUACAAAAAGUGAUCUUCAUCAAAACACAGUGUCUGUUGAUCCAAAAUUAGCAGCAAAAGCCAAAAUUAACACAACUAACAGAGAAGGCUACCUAGAACAAUUAGGAGACUUACAUAGUUCAAGUGGUAAAUUAGGGGACCCUAGGCUGCAAAAGAAUUUUGAUCCUAGACUUCACAGACUGUCUAAUACAGAAUCUCAUCAAGUAGUUUUGAAGGAAUCACAUACAUCAAAGGGUACCUCUCACAUAGCCAGAUCAAACCCUGGUUCAUCACAGCCCUCAGGGGCAGUAAGCAGCAGUGCUGGUCCCGGGGCUCUGCCUCCAUACGCUCCUAAGCUCUCAUCAUCAGCUAGCCUUCCACUGGGGACUCCAAGUUCAGUGCUCAGUGGUAUUAGUUUGUAUGACCCAAGGGAGCAUGGUUCAUCUCCAUCAGAGUUAGCAACAGUUUCUUCAGGAGAAAAUGCAGAGAACCAGAAAAAAAGUGGUGGUUUAAAAAGUAGUGACAAAAAUGAGCCUUCUCCUGGAGAAGCAAUCCUGUCACAGAAAACCACUCCCAAUGUGGAAGUCACUGUAGAAGGACCAGCUGACCCACAGGCAGAUACUCUCAGGAGUCCUGGGAAGGCUCAGGUCCCGGCAGUGCACAGUCUUCCUAUUCAGGCACUAACAGGCUUGAUUAGACCCCAGUACAGUGACCCAAGGCAGUCAAGACAGCCAGGGCAGGUGAGCCCAACCCCAGAGGGUGAUCCCAGUAGAGAAACAGAUGACAAAUCUCUGAAAGAGGUUUUUAAAACUUUUGAUCCAACUGCUUCACCAUUUUGUUAGCUGUUGUGUAGUUAAGCGAUUCUUUUCAUUCAUGUGACUAUUGCAGCCCCUCUACUGUUUUGUAACUGGUUUACCUCUAUAGUUUAUUUAUUUUUAAAUUAUAAACACUUUUCAGCUGCUAGUAUCAGAACCACAUGAAGUUAUCCUCUAAAGCCUGUGGUAUUUUAUAUAAUAUUUUUAUAACUUGAAGAAACUGUAGUAAUUGACAUAGAAACUUAUAUAUCAUGUUAGCAUCAUUCAGAGUACUUUUAUUGUAAAUAAACCAUCAUGAACUCAACAUUCUGCCUGAAGAUAUGCCAGUUGUCUUUCAUAAUCAAUGUUUAGAUAAAUGAUUAUCACUUUUAUAUGGUUGUUUAGUUUCAAGCAAUAUGAUGUACAUUACUUUUGAGAAACAGUAUUUUGACUAGGACCCUCUAUUUGUCAGCACAGAACUUAUUGAUAUAUAAUGCUAACUGCUAAGUAAUAUGUAAAAUGAACUAAAGAAAGAUUUUAAAAUCAUAAUUAGGAGAACAGUUCAUGUUUAAGGGCAUCACUUUUAUUAGUAUUGGCAAUAUUUGUGUAAAUGAAGAA